AUGAUGCUGGCAUUCAGGAACCUGGGGCGAACUUUACUUUCCACAUACCAAUGCGUGUCAAAAACACCAGCCACUGGUUUAAAAGUCUUUCCUCGUCCGAUGGAGUUUGGAGAAAUUGAGUACCCUGAACGACGAAAACUCAGAAUAAUGGAAAAAGUGCCGCAAUUCCCAGCUGGAAUGCGUCCACCUAAAAUGCAAAAGCGACUGAGAUACAUGCGAGGCCCAGAACAAAUCCACAACAGUCUCUUGUACAAGCAGUACGGUAUCGUUGCUACGGGAGGAGGUAGACUGAGACACGGUCAUUUUGAGAUGAUACGUUUAACGCUUGGCCGAAAACUCAAUCAAGACACGAUGUUUGCAAUUUGGCGUGUGGAUCCACCAUGGCAGCCAGUCACGAGAAAGGGACAAGGACAACGAAUGGGUGGUGGUAAAGGUUCCAUUGAUCACUACAUCACUCCCAUUAAGGCGGGACGUGUCAUCAUUGAAGUCGGCGGUUGUUGCGAAUAUUUUGAGAUAAGGAAGGUACUGAAUCAAAUAGCAAAUCAAUUGCCGUUCAAAGCUAAAGCUGUCAGUCAAAGAAUAUUAGACGGUGAUGCAGCCAAAGAAAAGUGGAGGGAAGAAAAUAAUCAACAUCCUUGGUCCUGGAAAUACAUGGUUCAAAAUAACAUGCUCGGUUGUCAUAAAUGGAUAUCGCCGUUUGACAAACAUUGGUUCAAUAAGUACUUGUAAAUAAUAGUGAAGGUUUGCGACGAUAAAAA